UUGGCGGACGCCGGCGGAAGCGGAAGCGGCGGCGGCGGCGGCGGCGGCGGGGCGGGAUGGAGGAGCCCGAGAUGCAGCUGAAGGUGAAGAAAGUUACGGACAAAUUCACUGAGAGCAUGUACGUCCUGGCCAACGAGCCCUCCGUGGCGCUGUACCGGCUGCAGGAGCAUGUGCGGAGAUCCCUUCCGGAGCUCGCACAGCACAAAUCCGACAUGCAGAGCUGGGAGGAGCAAAGCCAAGGAGCCAUCUACACGGUGGAGUACGCCUGCAGCGCCAUAAAGAACAUGACUGACAGCAGCGUGUACUUCAAGAGCAUCGACAGUCUGCUCAAACACGCCAUCGCCAUGAAGGACCAGCUGAACGCUGCUCAGGGCCGCAGCACUGUUGCCCCACCAGCCAAGAAUCCUCCAGCCAGUUCCUGAUUUCGGACAAGACUGGCUGUCCUCUGCUGCCUUCUCCAGCCCAGCUCUAUGUUCUCCAGCCACGGGAAGGAGUGAGAAACCACCUGCUCAAUCUGUGAAGCUGCACAGAGGCCUCUGCCUUCCUCUGCGUUCCCAGUAACAAGGUGCUGCACCCGCGCAGGGAAAUCCUGCCACUGGGGUCAGGACUGCCUCUGCGGGGUGCUUUGGGGAGCAGUUGUGUCCCUUCCCAUAGCACGCUGCAAAAGGGAAACGGGGUGGUGCAUUUGUCCUUUCCAGCUCUUUUCGAUGGCAGACUGUUACGGGGCGUUUUUCUCUCUACCUCUUGGCCACAGAAGUAUCUCAGAAAAACUAGGUCUUGCUUUCAGUAUUUUGUAGAUGGCUGUGUAAAGAUGUAAUGUGGGCACACUUCAGCUUUGUUCGGGAGGCAUUCUGCAAGGAGGGUUUCUCAUGUGUGUGCCAGGGAGUUGCUGAGUUUGGUCG